GCAGAAGUGCUCGUGUUGUGUCGGGGGCAGCGCAGCUCAGGUGUACAGUAUCCAGGUGAGUCUGUGUAGUUAAGACGCACCCACCGCUCUAUGCCACUCCCUUCCAGGUGAAGUGUUAACGGAGCGCUCCUUUCCUCGCGCCGCUUACCUAUGAAACAAACGAAAACACUUUCAAAUCCAUCCAAACUCGUCCUUUAGACGGCUGGUCUUUCAAAAAAGCAUCUGAACUGUCCCGAACGACCAAGCACAACAGUGGAAGCAGGGUGAAGAUGGAGGCAGCGCCGGGCGGUCUCGGGCGCUGUUCGUGCGCGUUCUGGCUCGCGGUGGCUUUCGACGCUCUUGGUCUCAUCAUAUUAUUGCUUGGCGUGUUUGGGGACUUGUUUUUCUACGACUUCUUGAUAUAUGCGGGAGCCAUCAUCAUUUUUCUGAGUCUGAUUUGGUGGGUUUUCUGGUACACGGGUAAUAUUGAGGUGCCCCCCGAGGAGCUCGAGGACGAUGUGGGUCUGCUGAAGAAGGGCAGAGGUCUGGCAGGGGUCGUGAGGAGGUUCUCCAGCCGCCUCUCGAGCGGAAUCAGAAACUCUCUCCGGAGAAAUGGGGGGCCCCGAGGUCAAGGCGCGGAGCCCGGUCAAGUAAAGCACAGGCGAGAUGGCAGUCGAGCACCAGUGGCUUUUGCGAUGAGCUCUCAGGAUAAUGUGAGCACUGUGUCUGCGACAGUGAGCGGAGGAAACACUCUCAGAACAGAAACACAGGCCAUAUGAACCAUCACGUACAGGUUACAGAAGAGGAUAUUCAACGAUAUGGCAUUGCCUAAACUGACUUUUGUUUUUCUCUCCUGUUGGAAUAUUAAUCUUUUGACAUUUUUUGGUGUUUUUAUUGAAAAUGUUUACAGCUGAAUUACAUUUUGUACAUUUUGUUGAUUUGAUUGAUUUCAUGUUUUGUGCUUUGUAUGCACUAUUUCGAGAUUAUGCACUGACAAGAACGGCUAUAUGACAAAAUAAACACAAUUAUGUAUUUU